CGCUCUUGUACGCGUGUGUGUGUGUGUGUGUGUAUGAUGGGACACAGCGGUGUCUGGUCGUGUCGGUAUACAAAGUUUACACUGCAGAGAAAGCGUUAAACGAAACAUGUGUUCAGGUGUCAGGGAAGUCGAGACAUAUCUGACUAUGAAAAAGUAAAAGAAAACCAAGCAGACCAGCUCACUCGGUUUCUUGACGUGACCUGCCAAAGGUGCAGAGGAGGGAAAGUUGAGAUCUCCUCUGCUGUGACACCACUUCUUCAUUCACGUGAAGCUGCUCACAUGCACGGGGUGAGUGGGAGGGUCUGUGGCUGUGCUGCUGCACAACUUAACGCCCUGAAGUUGUGGCCGUUAGGAAGUCAUCGUUACAAGUGUGGAUUACUUGACAGCACCCGGCUGACCGGACCGGUGGUGAGAUGAUCCUAAAGCCCAACAGCAGUCCUCUCCUGCUCACCAUCAGCUGCAUGUGCUUCUCAGGAGGCUUGCUGUGGUCCUACCAAGAGGAGGAUGCCAGUGACGGUGGAGAAUGCUCUGAAAAUAACAUUUCCACAACAAAGUACCCCUGCGUGAAGUCGACUGGAGAAGUUACGACGUGUUACAGAAAGAAGUGCUGCAAGGGCUUCAAGUUUGUACUGGGCCAGUGCAUUCCUGAAGAUUAUGAUGUGUGUACCGGCGCCCCCUGUGAGCAACAGUGCACAGACCAUUUUGGCCGAGUGGUGUGCACCUGUUACCCCGGCUACCGCUACGACCGUGAGCGCCACAGAAACCGAGAGAAGCCCUACUGUCUGGACAUUGACGAAUGUGCAGAUAAAAACAUGAGCGUCUGCUCUCAGAUCUGCGUUAAUUCUGUGGGGAGCUACAGGUGUGAGUGUGAGAAAGGCUAUUUCCUGGAAGAUGAUGGGAAAACAUGCACCAAGGGAGAGAGAGUGCAUCUCUUUGAGAAGUCUGACAACGUGAUGAAUGCUGGAACUUGCUCAGCGACGUGUGACGAUUUCCUCCAGAUCAAGAUGUCUGUCCUGCAGCUGAAACAGAAGAUGGCCAUGCUGUCAAACAGUGCUGACGUCCCUGAGCAGACAACCAGUGAGAAAAUCGUGACGUCGCCCAUAUUUUUACCAGGGCCUCCAGGUCUCCCUGGUCCUUCAGGAGAUCCAGGACCAGUGGGCCCUCCAGGGCCUACAGGACUGUUGGGGCCCCCUGGGCCUCCUGGUCCCAGAGGCUUGAUGGGACCCAUUGGACCCACACCAGACCUGUCCCACAUUAAACGGGGCCCACGAGGACCCGUGGGUCCUCCGGGAGCACCUGGAAAAGAUGGCUUAAAGGGAGAUAGAGGAGCUCCUGGGCCCGUUGGACCACCAGGUCCUCCAGGCUCUUUUGAUUUCUUGCUCCUGCUGAUGGCAGACAUCCGUAACGACAUCGCUGACCUGCAGAGCAAGGUGUAUGGCCGACCAAUGCCCUCUCCAGGGGAGGACUUUUCUGCAGUCCCUGACAGCUGGAGAGAAAACCAGGACAGUCUGGACACAGGCUCUGGUGAAGACUACAAGGGACCUCCACCUCGAACGGGCGGAGGUUCCAAGAGGAACAGGAAGAGAAAACCGGCGCCAGAGAGAACAGACUUUGACUGGAAUAUUUAAAGAGGGGUGGGUUUAAAUACAUAGGUGUAAAUAUUUAAGUGCUUUGCUUUUUUAUUUAACUGUUUUUUAACAGAAUGUACUGUAUGCCUUUUUAUCCCAGAUGUUUAUUUUUGUAUGGUAUAUGAGAUUAUGUGUGACUAUUUUUUAACAAAGUGAGUAGACUGUGCCAACGCAUGUUUUUUUAAUCUAUUCAGAAACAUAAUGGUUCCUUCACAGCACAUUAAACAAGUCUCUCAUGA